ACAAAAUAUAACACACUGCUGCUGCUGUCGCAGUGUCGGGGACCGGGGUCGCGCCGAUUAUAAUUUAUAACCAUGAGAAAAAAAAUGUUAUGUUACAUAGUUACAUUAUCAUUUAUCCGUCUUAACUCUAAAUUCUGUCAUUAACUAACUAUUAAUUAUCAAACAUCCGUAAUAGCAUGGUAGCCGGUAGGUAUUAAAAUCUAAUUAGCAUAAAUGAUUUUUUAGCGAUGUAACGUACCUACCUAUCCUAUAGUAAUUCGUAAAAAAAAAAAUGGAUAUUAAAUAUUUGUGCAUUGAACAUUGGCGUUACAAUUUUUAGUUAAUACCUGGAACCUAAUACAAGUCGAUCAUAAUGUAUUAGUUAACAACGAAGUAUUGCAUAAUUACCUAUAUGUUAACACUAUUCAAUAAUAAGUAGCUUAUACUUUAUUACUUGUCAAAAUAAUAUACAACAACCGACACCGAGGUUGGAGAUGAAUAUUAUAUGCAUCGAUCUUGUAAUAGGUUAUAGGUACCACUAGUUAAAUUGUAAACAUUUGAUAAUGGAAAAGGAUCACAGAUUAUUUAACAUCAAAAUGAACUUGAGCAUUUAUACACCUACAUAAAUAGUUUUUGGAUGUUGGUUAAAUUUAUAGCACUUAAACAUUUUCAGGUAAAAUGGCAUUAAACAUUGAGUCGGCACUUAGUUCAUUUGAGAAUUUGUCUUCUAAAAAUCCAUUUUGGAACAUUGAUUUACCUAAGAGUCCAUGGGAUGUAGAUGAUGACUUUGAAGAUUUGGACGUAUUGUGCGAAUUGGUUAGAAAUCAAUACUUGAAACGUCUCCAUCAAACAUUGCUCAAUAAUUUAGAUGUUACUAGUGGUUACAAAAAAAAACCUCUUUAUCAGAUUCAACAUUGUGUAGAUUUAUGUAUGGCUGAAUUGGAAAAGCAAGCUUUAAGACGAUGUAUGAUUGCUAGUAUUUAUCGCCAAUGCAUGACUAAUUUGAUUAAUAAAAUUAAGACCUGCACACAAAAUUCAAUGCUAUAUGAUUUGCUUAAGCAUAUUAUUGAGUCAAACAAUCAAAUACCAUCAAGUGAUAAAUUAUUUGAAGCUGAAAAUGUAACACAAAAAUCAGUGGGUAUUGAUGUAAGUGUUAAUACUGAACAAAAAUGUAAUAAAAUAACAUCAACACAGACUGAAAUAUGGACAGAUCCUGACAAUAAUUUAUCUAAUAAUAUUCCUAUUAAUAAAGUUAAUACAGAUCUGGUAAAUAAAUCUAAUUUACCUUCUAGUUCCUACAAUGUGAAAUCUAAGAUCUCUGAAUCAAAUAAUAUCUUUAAGAAUUUAAACUCUUUAUUAAAAUCAUCUUGUUCUUCAAAUUCAUCUCCUGAUGUUCACAUGGAAGUAAAUUAUAAGUAUGAAUCUUCUGAAUUUGAAAAUAUACAAAGGAAAGACGAUCAAGAAAAUUCUACAUCAAAUGAUUUACUAAGCAUCAAUGCAUUAUUACGAGAUCUUCAAGAUUCUCCUGAAUAUGAACAACAGUCUUCUAAAUUGGAGGAACGUUUAAUUGCUUUAGGGUUAGCAAUUGAAAAUAAUAAAUCCACAGAUGAUUUAACCGAAUUAACUAAACCAAUUAAUAUAAGUCCUAGUAUAAUACGACCAAACAAAAUAAAUGAAAUACUUAUGGACAAAUUUAAAAGUAAACGAGUAGCCAAAUCAUAUCAAUUACGAAACAGUAUGAAUGAAUUACCUCAAAGUCUACAAAUAAGACUGAAUCAGAAAUUUAAUGACUUGUUUGGAAAUAGUCAUUUUUAUGAAUCUGAUCCAUUAUCUGAAGAAGAAGAGCGUAUUAUAGCACAUAAAAGGAUUGUUAAAAUGGUUGUAGAAUUUAUGACACCUUAUUACAAAGCACACCGUAUCAACAGACAUUUAUUUAAAAGUCUUGCUAAAUUAAUCUCUAAGAAUCUUAUGGAUCGAUCAUAUGACCCAGAUGAAAACACGGUAGCCAAAGGAGUUAAUGAAUUUUUUGCUGGAAAUAGAUGCAUUAAGACAGUUGAAGAUAUCUAUAUCAAUAAUUGAAUAAUGACUUCUAUACAUUCUAAUUCAUAAUUUAUCUAUUUAGUACAACGGUUGUUUUAUACUUUUAUGUUCAGUGAAUUUAUGAUUUAUGAUUUUCAUAAAGAGAAUGCUACGCAGACAUUUAUCAUCUCCGUCUAACCAGUGCAUAACAUUGCAAAUUUUUGCUCAGUGGAUCUAGCUUUGAUAUGUUAGUUUAAAAAUUAUAGUUAAUCAACCCUGAUUGAAACUUGAUGGUAAGAAUAUUAUUUGUAUUUGUAUGGUUUUUUUUUACUAUUAUUAAGUUUUUAAACUUUCAAACUUAGCUAAAUACUAACUGCUGAGCAUACAUUUGUUAUAUGUUACUCACUUUUAAGAUGGAGACAACAAAUGUCUGUGUAGCAUCCUCUUAAUUUAAAAUGUUUUUUCUUACAUAAAAUUUAUUUUCAUUUUUUUGUAAUGUACAUUUCUAAUAGCAAUAUAUUUUAUACUCUAUUCUACACUCUUACAAAGACUCCUAUAAUAGUUAUUACUAUAAUAUGUUUAAUAUAGAACUAUGAUUAUGCUGCACCACUGUUUAAGAUCCAGGUUUCAAUCAGAUUUGAGCGAUAGAUGACUGUCAUUAUGAAGAUAACUUACUUAUAUAGGUAAUUUUAAUUUUUGAAGUUAACAAAUACUUAGCAAAUCGAUAAUAAACUAGGUUGUCUAUAGUAAAUCUUUGGAUCUUACAUUAGGUCAUAGUUGAACAAAAUAUAUUAUGGAUAAUGUUAGUAAUACCAGUGUCAUUGUAUAGGUACAUACAAAAAAUAUUGUGGUUGGUAACCUACUACCUAUUGUCUAUUUUUACAAUUAUAAAAUACUUUUUAUACAACAUUACCAUGAGUGAUGAUUAUCUAUAUAGAUGGCAUUUAUUAUAUAUAAAGGUUGAAUAGGUAACAUUAGGAUAGAAGUUUGUAUACCUAAUGCAUUACCUACCUAUAUUAUGUUAGUACAUAAUGCAGAUACCCUAAGUGGCUAGUCUUAUUCGUCAAAGUGUUUGAUAUCUAGGUAAGUACCUACCUAUUUAAUAUAUUUUUUUUGGACUUUUUGCCUCGGAGUUAUUUUUCUAAGUCCUAAUGUUAUGUCAGCCUCUACUUCUGUGAAUAUUUUAAAAUUAAUUUAUAUGUUAAUAUAGAAAUUUACUUUUUUAUUUUUCAGACUAAGAGUAAGAAUUAGACAUUAAUGUUAGGUUCAGCUAAUUUUUGACAAAAACAUUGCAUAUGUAUUAAUGUAUUAUAGGUACAGCACUACAGCAGUGAGCAAUGUAACAUUGCUCCUAUUUUUAAGACUAAGAGUAAGAAUUAGACAUCAAUGUUAGGUUCAGCUAAUUUUUGACAAAAACAUGGCAUAUGUAUUAAUGUAUUAUAGGUACAGCACUACAGCUGUGAGCAAUGUAACAUACCUAUUUGGCAGUGGCUACCAAUAUCAUAUCAUAGAAAAUUAUAGGGUGGAGUUAACAAUUGGUUUUUUUCAUCACCUGGAAUUUUAGGGUCGAGUUUACAAUAAGUAAGGAUAGUUUAUAUUUGAUAGCGUGCUCAAAGUGGGGGAGGGUGCGAGGGUGUCAUCUCUUGACUCUUUGGCUCAUUUUUGUCGUAUAAUUAUGUAACAUGGCCUGAUAAUAUAUCAUAAUAAUAAAAAAUGCAUAUCCCCUUAAAAAAGCUGAGCCACUAUAGUUCUUGUCUAUUAUUAUCUCACGCAUUUCAUUUGUUUUAAAGAUAUGAUUUUGUUGAAAAAUUGAAUACCAGCGUCUUAAAUACUACGUUGAAUUUGAAUAACUCAUGUUCAUUUAUUUUUCCAAUAGGUAUUUACAAAUAUUUAUUAAUUUUUCUAUAACAGCUGAUCACACAGGUACUAGACUCAUCAGAAUGUACAAUUUUUAUUUUUUUAAGCUAAAAGUUAAAUAUUUUUUGUUAUAUAGAUAUUAUAUUACACAUUUUUAUUUUAAAAUUCACUGGGCAUACUUAAGAAGACGUUUAAUAAUAGUUCCAAAUCUAAUAAUUAUGUUGACUUCACACUUGUACAUUUUUAUGUGUUGUAAACCUAAAGAAAAUAUAUUCCGCUAUUAAACCA